CGCACGAUCGACGCGCACGAUGGCUUCUUUCGCGGAGGCUCCCGCCGGUGACAUCGCCAAGGGCGCGAAGAUAUUCAAGACGAAAUGCGCGCAGUGCCACGUCGCCGAGGCCGGCGGCGGCCACAAGCAGGGCCCGAACCUCGGCGGCCUCUUCGGGCGCGUCUCCGGCACGACGGAGGGGUUCGCGUACUCCGCGGCGAACAAGAACAAGGGCGUGAAGUGGGGCGAAGACACGCUCUACGACUACCUCUUGAACCCGAAGAAGUACAUCCCGGGCACGAAGAUGGUGUUCGCGGGGCUGAAGAAGCCGCAAGACCGCGCGGAUCUCAUCGCGUACCUCAAGGACGCGACGAAGUGAGGAGCGCGCUCGAGGUGAGUCGGUCGGCGGCGGCGUCGCGUCGGCGCGGGCUUUGAAGGAAACGUUUUAUUUUUUCGCGCCGGCGCGUCGUCGGCGCGACGGGAGGGCGGGCGAGCGCGCGAGCGCUCGGCGGCGGCGGACGCGACGAGGACGGGCUCGCGUUCUGGACUCGCAGAGGUAGCGGCGCGCGCGGGUCGUCCCUCGCGCGCGGUGGUCAUCCGUCGUAUGUUAUUAUCAAUAUCGAACCACUCGACGUCGAAUC